AUUAUUAAGAAAAUAUAACUCUGACUGGAACUCCGUUAUAAGUAACGAGUUAUUUUCGAUUUCUGGUUGUUUGUCGAUUAAGCACAUUUGCAAUACAUCCGCAUAACAAUGAAUCAACGCAUGCCGACUAAACGGACCAAGUUUGCUUAAUCGAAGCAUUAAUUUAAUCGGUAUAAUAAUCGAUUCAUUAUUAGAACUGGCUGGCCUUCCCGUAUAAAACUUGAUUGGCGUGUCUGUGAAGUGUCUGAAAAUUUCACGCGACCCUGAGGAUCCACAUAGUACUCGAUUAUCGUUAUAUGCAACGUUCCGCUCGUAUAUAUUUGUCUGAGCGCAGCAGUUCGUCGUUCACAGUUUCGACUUAUCCGCCGUAUGUAACAGUUAACGUUUAUAAACUUUAGUAAAACUGACAUACACAUGACAGUGAACAGAUAGAGUAUAUCGAGUAACUUGUUGCUGAAGAUGUGUGUCUUUUCAGUUUUUGACUGCUAGUUUAAAGUGCUUUAUAUAAUCAUAUUGGUUCUUGAAAUGUAAACAAAAACGAGUGCCAUAAAACUCAUAUCGAAUAAUAUUGUCAGCACUUGAGUUAUUAUUUACAAUCGCGAGAGAACAGAACAUUAUAAUGGGCGGAAAACUCGUUUUCCUCAUACUUGUGCUUUCUGUAGUAUCGCUGGAAGCAAAACUACACUUCCAGAGAGACUUCCCAUUCUCUCAGAGAACAAUACUCAACUAUUUGUUUCCUAAGUCUCCCCAUAUAACAAGAGUGAGGAAACCAGAAGAAGUCAGAACAGGGAAGAAUGCAACUGUAUUAGAUUUUAUCGGUUUGGUAGAGAGACAUGGUUAUUCCGCCGAGGAGCAUUAUGUUACAAGCGAAGAUGGUUAUGACUUGGUGGUACACAGAAUAUCGAGAAGUCCUUUCUUUAAAGACAGUCCACAAAAGAAACAGGUUGUAUUCCUUCAGCAUGGCAUUUGGUGCACCUCUGAUUGCUGGGUGUUGCUCGGUCCUGACAAAGACCUUGCGUUUUUGUUGGCUGAUCAAGGAUACGAUGUGUGGCUUGGAAAUUGGAGAGGAAAUUCUUAUUGCAGGAGACAUAGAAAAAUAUCUCCACAAGAUAAAGAAUUUUGGCAAUUUAGCCAAGACGAGAUAGCAACGAAUGAUCUACCAGUUAUGAUCGAUUAUGUACUUCAUACGACAAAACAAAAAACUCUGCGUUACAUCGGUCACUCCAUGGGAACUACCGUAUUAUUGAUUUUACUGUCCACGAAGCCUGAGUACAAUGCAAAAAUAAAAAUAGGUGUCCUUCUUUCUCCAGUCGGUAUUCUCAAAGACGUAUCUGCUAUAAUAGAACCUAUUCGUCCCAAAAUUCCACAAAUUAAGGAAUUUUUUGAUUCCAAUGAAAUAUAUGAAGUAGUUCCCUUAACAUCGACGAGCGUUAAGAUCGCAAGAACACUAUGUGCAGAGAGGGCAAUUACUCAGCCUGUUUGCACGACAAUUAUGUUUCUAAUAACCGGAUUCGAUGCACCACAAGUGAACACUACGGCAUUACCGGAAAUACUAUCGUAUUUUCCGGCCGGUGGUUCCACGAAAAAUUUAUAUCAUUAUUAUCAAAAUAUCAUGGCACAAAAAUUUCAAGCCUAUGAUUAUGGACCUUUAGGCAAUUACAAGCAUUAUGGGCAAAAAACACCCUUAAUAUACGAUCUUAAAAAAAUCGUUGCGCCUUUAGCUUUAUUUUACGGCGCUAACGAUCAGAUUAAUUUAAGAUCAAAUGUUCUCGAGACAUCUAAAUUUCUGCCGAACGUUGUCCUACUGGAAGAAAAUCCAUAUAAAAUGUUUAAUCAUAUAGAUUUUACAUGGGCCAAAGAUGGAAAAUUUUUAUUGUUCGACCGUCUUAUAGGGCUACUUCAGGCGUUUGAUGUACAUACAGAGAAACGAAAUAAUUAUUCUAAUAUUAAUAUUAUCUUCUAGAAAAAAUUUAUGUUUAGGUUACGUAAAAGAUACUUUUAUCUUGAGAAAAAAAAAUUGAUAUGAAAUUACUAGCCAAAAAUGCUUAUCCUUUUUUUGACAAACGAAAUAUGAAAAUGUGACAACGCUAUUACUGCCGAAAAAGUUUUUAUUAGCUCGUCACAAGUCAAGUAAGAAAUAGAACUGAAAGAUAGUAUAUAUCAAAUAUGUACUGUAUUAUAUUUCUUACUUUUUAUUCGAAAACUUUAAUAUAAUAUAUCCAUUGAAAUGUUACUAUUAUUAUUAAAUUUAUUUUAUUAUUUCAUUAUGUAAAUUUUACAUUUUUAUAUAGUUUAUAUUUCUGUAUAAAUUUUUCUUUAUUUAAAUUGUAAAUAUGUCUUCACAAAUGUAAUAUUAUAAAUACUUGUAAAUACUUUCGUAUAUUAAUAUACAUAUAAUGAAUAUUUGUAAUCUCAUUAUUACUCAUUUUGUUAUUAAACUUUGUACAUCUAUUUUAUUACAAUAUUUUUCUAUGUUAAUUGCUAUUUGAGAUACUGCUGAUUAAUUAUUACUAUUUACAUUGAUUGAAAAUUUUAAAGUAGUAAUUGAAUUCGUUUUAUUAUUAGCAAAUAGUUGAAAUUAAAAAUUUAUUUUGUCUUAAUUUACAGCCUCCGCGUGUAUGAUUUUAAUAAUGACCUGUGUAGAAACUUACAGAAAUGAGCCAGUUACAACUUCGUUUUUUCUCAUUUGUUUUAAUAAUCACUCAUUAUACAUAUCUACUUAUACAUAUACAAUUUGUAUAUAUAAUAUACAAACAAUAAAUAUUAUUGCUUUCCUUUGUAA